GUCUCUUGAAUUCGAGAAUGACGUACCACAUCGAACACACCCGCCCACAUGUUUUUGUCCUAUCAAAUGUCAACAACAAUGUAUAAGAGAGAGAAAAACGAACUCUCCAUCUACACUGGAGUUGUACUGCGUGGAUCUAAUACCAAAGAGGAUGAAGUUCACAGUUCGGGUACUUUGAAUAUUGUUGAAUAUAGUUUUGGCAAAUGCAUAGAAUGGAGACCUACAGAAGAAUCUGUCGUACUAGAGAAUCAAGAUCAAGAUCCAGAAUGGUCUUUAGUAGAUACUCAUACAAGAAGAACACGUACUACUUCGGAAGGUGCAGACUCUUAUGGACAUUCAAAGAUAGUUAGAAUAUUAUUCUCCGACUUAAAAUCAUUUCGUAUUAAUCUUGGAGGACAGCAGCUUAUAUUUAUACAAAAGGAUGGUACCACCUAUGUUGCCUUCUUUCAAUUGUCUAAAGCUGAAACUUUUGUUAAUACGUUAAAGAAUUUUAUUAACUUUAGAAGCUCAACGAAAGACAAAAACUUGUAUUAUGUAUUGGAAGAGGUCGAAACUGCUUUGAACAAAUCUUUUGCUGAAUUGAAUUUAUUUCAAGAGAAUACUUCGGAUUAUGUAUGGAAUUUUGUUAAAAAUUUACAUAACCGUCCAUAUGAAACUACAUUAGAAGCAUUCAGUAAAUUAGCGGAUAUUUGGUUAUACAAAGAACCAGUAAAAAGACCGGUCGAAGAAGCGGUAGCUGAUUUACUUAAUUCUUCCUUAUCGAGUAAUCAACAGGAACCUGUGGAUGAAUAUGAAGUGAUAGGACAGGCAGAUAUAGGUUUACCAUUUCCACCAAGACCUCCAUGUCCGAGAGGUUUACCUUUAUCGCAAGAGCAAUGGGACAGUAGCAAAGAUUCAGAAGGAAGAAUUUUUGACGCAGAUGCUGUUAAAGAAAUAAUUUUUCGAGGGGGUAUACAUCCACCAUUGCGUUAUGAAGUCUGGAAAUUUUUAUUAAAUUAUUAUCCAUGGAAUUCAAGUCACAUUGAGAGAAUGGAAAUAAGAAGAAAGAAAACUGAUGAGUACUUUAAUAUGAAACUUCAAUGGCGGUCUAUGACGCUAGCACAAGAAAAUCGUUUUUCAGACUUUCGGGACAGGAAAAACUUGAUAGAAAAAGAUGUUAACAGAACGGAUAGAACGCAUCCCUACUUUCUAGGCGACAAUAAUCAUCUAGAAAUAUUAAAUGACAUACUCAUGACUUAUGUAAUGUACAAUUUUGAUUUAGGAUAUGUCCAAGGUAUGAGUGAUCUACUCAGUCCUAUUUUAUGUUUGAUGGAUUGCGAAGCGGAUGCUUUUUGGUGUUUUGUUGGUUUUAUGGAUAAAGUGAGUACAAAUUUCGAAAUGGAUCAGUCUGGAAUGAAAACGCAGUUACGUAAUAUACAUACUUUACUAUACAAUAUGGAUCGACAAUUGGAACACUAUUUAACUCAACACGAAUCUGGAAAUAUGUUCUUCUGCUUUCGUUGGUUACUAGUACUAUUCAAAAGAGAAUUUAGUUCAUCUGACAUAAUGAAGCUGUGGGAAAUUUUAUGGACUGGUUUGCCAUGUCCUAAUUUUCAUUUACUCAUAUGUGUAGCUAUAUUAGAUACUGAAAGAAAUGUAUUGUUAAAAAGUAAUUUUGGCUUUACGGAAAUACUCAAACAUAUAAAUGAUCUUUCUCUACACAUUGAACUACAAUCGACGCUUUCCAAAGCAGAAGGUAUUUAUUAUCAAUUAAUGACGAUGGAAAACAAACUGCCGAACAAGGUGCGUGCAAUUAUUGGAUUGGAGCCCCGAGAACGAACAUCAGAUGAAAGCGAUAUAGAAGAAAAUAUAAUAGAUGCGGCUAGCUCUUCUAUUAGAACAAGUUCUAGACGAAACAGUUCGGAAAGUGUAACGGUCCAGCAUGGUAAUAACGAAAAGUCUUUCGAAAAAGGUCUGAACUUUUUUCUAUAAGAUGAAGAUCGUGGUCUAUCUUCACAGUUUUAUGUUUAUGAACAUCUAUGAAAAAAAAAAAAAACAACUCUAGCCUAGUAGAACACACAAAAGAUUUAUUCUAUUAUCAUUUUUCUCUCUUCCUCUCACUCUUUUUCUCUAUCUCUGUCAUUCUUUUAAUUUUUUAAAAACAUGAUCUCGUGUUUAGCUUUCAACGAAAAAUUAGAUUGCACAAAAGAAAAAACGAAAGAAACGAAACAUUGAUAAUAAAAUAAAAACAAGGACGUAACUCGAGUUUUUUCUCCGAUCAUUUUCUAAUCGUUGGCAUCCUAUUAGGUAUAAUAAGAAAAAAACAAAAAAAAUGAAAAAAAAGAAAGAAAUAUUUGUUUUCUUUUUGAAUUUGCAAUUUUGACGUAAGUGUAAAUGUAAAAAUUUAUAUCAUAUUUGCAAGAAACGAAAAAGAAAAAUAAAAGAAAAAAGAAACACAUUACUAGUAGCGUUGAAUUUUGAGAUAUUUAUAAUGAAUUUUGCUAUAUUUAAUAAGAAAUUUAUUAAUAAUUGAUGUGAGACUACUACUUCGACGGAGGAAUAUUAAACGAAUUGUUCGAGUUGACUAUAAUUAUAUCAUUCUAUCAAAAACUUUGCAUAAAGUUUGAAUAUCAAAAGGGAACAAUGAUACUAAACUUUUAUCUUUUAACAGCGCAGUAAAUCAAAUCUUAUUUUUGAGUUUAAAUAAUGUUUUCUUAGAUUUUUAUGAAGUCUCACAAAAGCGCUGUAUAUUUCUAAUAAAGUCACCUAUUUAAU